CAUGGUUACAACAACACACGGUUUUGAACAAUCAGUGCAGACAAACUUUUUCUCCACUCUGCUCCACUGAACAAUGAAUUAGCAACGACGCUUUUUGCUCCCGGAAAAAUCCACCAUGGAAGACGUCCCUGUUUCCGGUCUUCGGGUUCUGGACGAGAUGUUGUCCUCGGGCAAAAUUAGCCAGGCCACAUUCACAAAGGUGAAAGACAGCUUUCAGCUUCUUCAGGAUAAUUUAAAGAGUGCGCAAAGUUCUGAGAUGCAGCUUUUGGGAGAGGCAAAGAGGUGUCAGGCUGAGCUGGAGCGGCUCCAGGUAGAAGUACGGAGCCCGAAAGAGCAGCGGGACCCCCCUGAGGAGCCCGACGGUGAGGUCAGCAAGCUGAGGCGACAGCUCCUGCAGGCGCACAAUGAACUGCGAGCUGCUGAGGACAGAGAGCACGCAGCACGGCACCGAUUGCAGCGUCUCUGGGAAGAGAAGCAGCAUCUGGAGAGAGAAAUUCAAACACAACCUGCUGAGCUGGAAAGCAACACAGACAUGUUGAAGGACAAACAUGAUGCUCUGAAGAAAGAAGUGGCCCAGAGACAACUGGAUGUCAGAACUCUGAUGGAGGAUUUGGAAACACUUGAAACGCUGCAAUUAAAAGAACAAAAAGAGCUGGAAGAAAAGAUGGAGAUCAUCAAAAUCAAAGAGGCUGAGAAAGCACAGCUGGCCUGCGUAGCUAACCGGAUAAUACAGGAAACUGAAAGAAAACACUCUUUAUGGGAAGUGGCAAUGAAGAAGAUGGACUCCCUAAACACAGAACUUUCAGAAGCGAAGCAUCAGAUGAGGAGUGUGGAUGAGGGUAAUCAGUCCCUGGAGGUGAUGAGGGAGGAGGUGAUGCAGGAGCUGGAGCGGCUCAGGGCUCGGAUAGAGGCAUGGCAGAGGGAAAACAGACAGCUACUGAAGAAGCAGGAGAUCUGCAGGGAGGAGUCGUCUGAAAUCAUGGGCAGCAGAGGUAUUUUGGAAAUAAAGCUGCACAACCUCAUGACUGAUAAGAAGCAACUCCACGAGAGCCGAUCUUUGCAGCUCCGAAAGAAAAAUAAGCAUGUGGAGGCCCUCAGAAGGAUGGAGCAUGCCGUAUCCAUGGCCACCGAGCAGCUAGCGUGCACGCAAUCCGUCUACAAGAACAUACAAUCGCAAGUGCUGGAUGCUGUUCCCGAACGAGAGGCCAGCGCUCGGCAAAGGAUGGAGCUGGAGAAGGAGAUUGAUUCACUCGCAGCCGGCUUUGAGAAGCAGGUUUCUAUGGCUGAGGAAGAAAACCAGAAGAAGCAUCAGAACGGGGUGAUCCAAGAGCUGCUCAGGGAGUCAAAUCACCUCAGAGAGGAACUCCAUAACCUCAGAUGUCUAAGACAGAUUAAAGCGGAGGAGCGGAGCAAGAAGCACCGGGAACGUCUCAAGGCAGAGCAACUGAGCGAGCGCAUACAGCAGGAGCUUAGAGAGAGAGAGCUGAUCAUCAUGGACCACAACAAGCGCAACGCGGUGCUUCAGUGCAGAAUAUCACAGUAUUCAAAACUGCGUGACAAGUUCCUGGAAGAGAAGAAUAAGUAUGUGAGGCUGAAGCAGAUUGCCUCUCAGACGAUCUCCGAUUUGACGGCGCAACUUAACAACCUUGAAAACGAGAUGGAGACUCAGCGCUCUAUUGCUGACAGCAAGGACAGAUUACUGACAAAGGCUCACAUGAACGUCUCCAGCAGCUCCAAACUGAGGGAGAAACUGCGUAAUGAGAUCUCUAAGUUAACAUGGAAACAACAACAAAUCCAUCAGCAGCAUGAGGACAACAAACUGGAGUUAAUCAAUCUCACCCAAAUGAUCAAGUUCCAUGAGGGGAUUCUUCAGGAAGUAAAGGGAAGUCAUGAGAAUGCCAUCCAAAGACGCAAUUUUCUGGGGAUACGGCUCUCGGAGCAGGACAAAGUUUUGUCCAGCUUUUAUGAGCAGGUGAAGAACCUGGAGGCGGCCGUCGCCAAAAGCAACAGAGCAACCGAGGCGGCGGAGAAGGACGUGAGAGAACUGCAGAUCGAGAUUAACGACGAGAAGAGGCAAAUGGACCUGAGGAAGAGGAAGGUGUUGCUCAAGAGGAAACUGGAGCAGGAGAUCAUCAUGCUGCAAAUCGAGCUGUCAGAAGCAAGAGAUGCGACCCUGAAAAGUGUGACUCGUACCCUUGAAUUUCGGGAGUUGAAGGGCGACGACCCACCGGCUCCAGAGCUGGUCAAGAAAAUAGAGCAGCUGGAGGCGAAUUUGGCCGAGCGCGAGCGCCAGCUGCUGGAAAAAGAAGUUCUGGUGGAGCGGGUGACCCGGAUGUCGGAGCCGCUAGGGGAGCAGGCGGAGAGCUGCAGGCUCCACAGCCUCUCCAUGGCAAAGAAGCUGAAUGAGGCGCGGGCCAAAAUCUUCAACAUCAACCUCUGUCUGAUGGCCGUUUCUGCAGAGCUGUCCGUGAAGCAGUCAAUCGCUUUGUCUGAACACCGACAGAUGAAAGAGAGAGAGCAGCAGCUGUCAGAAGCCAGAGACGAGAUGCAGGAAGGCGUCGUUGAGUCCAACAGGCCGGAGGACGGAGGCUCGCCACCUUCAGAACUCCACAAUAAAAUGGAGCAGCUGCCUGAGCGUGAGAGUCAGCAGCAGCCGGAGGGAGAAGGAGCGGAGCAGGAGGCCGGUCCGUCGAAGCCGCCGGAGGAGCUGGAAGAGAUCUUCGGACUCGACGGUUUCAACAGCCUCUCCACAUCAUGGAAGAUGACCAGGUGUCACCAGGUGUCAAACGUGCCGUGGUAUUUCAGCGCAGAGGAGAUCUGGAGGAGGGUGGUCCGAGACAGGAGGCUGAGGCAGAGGGAAAAAGAAGAGAAAAAGAGGCUUGCUGAGGAAAAUAAGUGGAGGCAGCUGCCAAACGGAGUGUACACCACAGCCGAAGUCCGCCCCAACGCGUACAUCCCCCUGGACGACCCACUCGGUCUGCCCGUACCCUUCGGACAAUUCCAGCCCAUCAAACCCCGCCCACAGGGGGCCUACAUGAGGCACUAUCGCAAUCGAAGACCAAAUCCCUUGGACUUUUAGGGGGAAAAAAAAUAAUAAUAAUCUUGAUAGCAUUUAAA